UGGAUUGUAGCAGAGGGACAGAGAGAGAGUGAGAGCAGCCCACCUGCAGCCUGUUAGCCCACCACCAUGGAUGUCAAACUGCUGGCAUUGAUGGCUCUGCUGGCCGUGGCCACACACACACCAACCUCCAGUGCAAAGCCCAUCAGUCUGGUUGAGCGGUGUUGGUGUCGUUCCACCCUCCACACAGUUCCUCAGCGCUCCAUCAAAGAGCUCAAGUUCCUCCACACACCGAACUGCCCCUUCCAAGUCAUUGCCAAGCUGAAGAGCAACAGGGAAGUUUGCAUCAACCCAGAGACCAAGUGGCUGCAGCAGUACUUAAAGAACGCCAUUAACAAGGUGAAGAAAUCCAGAAGACGCAAUAAUAAGAAAAACUAAACAAGACAUGAAGGGAUGACAUGUAUGUCGUCAGCCCUGUGGCAAACCUGUAUACCUCGCUGUCACUGCUAUGGAUGCAUGUAAACAUGCUGUAUGUACCUGUCCACUUCUCUGGACCGCUUGCAGAACCAGCACUUCACUGCCAAGUCGUGCCGUCCCCAGCACCACCAUUGAUCCCUCUGGAUGCCCACAUGGUCACCUCCAGCCCUCUAUGUUAGCACCAAAUGCAGCUACGCAUUUGUAUGAUGGGAUGCAUGUUGUCAGAUGUAUGUUUGUGUGAGCGCUGGGCGAUUGGCAUGAGAAAGAGAGCAAGAUAGUGUGAGUGUGCGUGUGUGUGUGUAUGUGUGUGCGUGUGUGUGUGUGUGUGUGUGUGUGUGUGUGUGUGUGUGUGUGUGUGUGUUGAAAGUGCUUCACAUGAACUGACUCUGACUUUGUGUCUCAAUAUAGUAUUUUGUUACUUCACAUAGCCAGAAACGAACAAAUUGAGCUUUCUGUCUCACACACAAGGUUUUAUGGGUAAUGCUACCAUCAUGGUCCUUUCUAAAUCGCCCAAAUUUGGUUUGCCAAACUGAAGAAGUGUAUCAUUCAGGAAUUCACCCAUUGACAAUAAUCAGUUAUAUUUACAGCAAUACAGUUACCUCAAGUUCAAUGUUUUUAGAAAAGAUUGAGUUCUAAUUACGUGAUCUUACAUUCAUUAAAAAAAAAAAAAUUAUAUAUUUAGGAUGGGGAUUCUACAGACUAAUGAAAAAGCUUCUUCUGCUACGAUGUGAACGUGUCAUUACUCCUAGAUUGAAGGGUCAUUGGACAGACUGGCCAGUGGGGUUAACCCUCCACAAGCGGUGACCAAUAGGGGCAGCCCCUGCUACCACAGGUAUUGCAUUGUCUUUGAGCUUGCUGCAGGAAUUACACAGAGAGGAAGCUCACGCAAACUGUUUAAGAAACAAUCACUGAUCUUAUGGUGCUAUAUAUUCAGUAUAAGGGGUCAGAGCCUUUGAUAUAAAUGUAUUUCACUGUUUAUUUUAUGCAAGAUUUGAGAUGGGAUGUUGUGACUUCUAUGUCUAAUAUGAAACACAGUUAUGUUUUUACCAGUCGCCUUUUAAGCGCCUUAUUAAAGGGACUGGGUAAAUGUUUCUCAUGACGACAGAGCAAAUUAACGGCAGUAUUUUCAUACCAACACCUAUCCUUGGUAGGAAUGACAAGCUAAUAAGCUGUCAUAUAAAACAUAAAGAUGAAUGAUCAAUGUCACAAAGGGAAUGUUCACAGUGGCAAAAAGAAAUCAUCCUUUUUUAUAUAUAUUUGAGCCACUUGUGUGUGAUGUGUCUUUUAUAUGUAAUGGUUUUAUUUUUCUAAUGUGUAUAAUUUUACUAAAUGUUUUUUUAAUGCAAUGUACAGUAGGCAGUAGCUACUAAAUGAAGGCUAUUCCGUAAAAUGCAAAAAACAGUAUUAAAAUUCAUUUUCAAGGUUUCAUGCAAUAUUUCACAUACGUGUAAUGGUUUAUUUGCAAGUAUUUUAUCAACAGUAUGCAACGCCAAAUGAAUAAAACACUACCGAUACAAUUUUUUUACAAUUUGGAUACAAAAAUCAGCUAAUCAAGAUAAAUAUUGUCAUUAUGGUUUGUUGUUCUCUCCACAUUGGUUCCUUAUCAGGCAAUCUCGGGGUAAAACGGGAUAAAAUCUAUCAAGUCCUACACACAGUGAUUUAAAGCAAAAGCCACUGUCAUUGUGUUACAUGAGUCAGGAAAAUGUUUGGCUCAGCUCACCAGUCGUCCCCGUCAAAUGCUUGAUUUGAUUUUUUUUUUAUAGUGUUACUGAGGUUGAUGUAUGAUGUGUCAAUAGAGCCACUGAUCCUAAACAGAACAAAACCUUCGAGUUGAGAGCCGAGAGACCAACAUGUGCUUUCAAUCUGGACACUCCCAGCACUCCACAGGCUGUCAUUCAAUUUCACUCAACUGCAGCCAUGCCACAAAAUUACAGCCCUUUUUUUUCCAAGUCCUGGCAUUUGUAGGAAUUUUUAUGGUCUUUGUUUGGGUUUUUUUUUUUUUGACAUGGUCUAUUUGCUGACAGACUGGUUACAAGUGAUAAUCUUAUCAAAAUGCAGCUAAUAGUGCAAUAAUCCUGUAAGUGUUAUUUAUUCCCAUUAAUGUCAUAGAAGUUAAUGGACAUUAAUUUUAUAUCAUUACACUAACUGGUUUAAGCACAUUGCUGCAGAGUUACAUCUAGAAAGAAGAUUGUGACAUAAAAAAGUGGUCAACUGUAUUUGUGUUUACCACACUGUAAGCAAUUGUUUCAUUAAUGAUUUUGUGAAUGGGACACAUUUGUAACAAGCAAUUAGCUGUACUAAACAGAUUUAAAGUGAAUUUUUAUAGUACUGUGGUCCCAUUUAUCUCUUGCAGUUAGUGCCCCUCUCAUCAAACAAUAACUGUACACAACAUUUAGCUUGAUUACACUAUAUCUGCCAAAUAUACAGACAACUUUAUUAUCAUGCAUAUUCGCCACCAGAGCUUUUACGGUAAAUGGGUGGAUGAGAGCGUACUUUGGACCAAAUGUGCGCAAAAGUUUUACACAUCAAAACACAUUCAGGUUAACAUUUACUUUACAUUACUGUGUUAAUAAAAUAAAGUGCAUGCAUGUGUUCUGCUUUGGACCCCAAGACAAUGUGAAAUAACUUUAUUUCUUUUGAGGCAGCUUCUGACACAUAUUCUUCAUAUAUAUGAGAUGUAUUCGGGUAUUACCCUGUGUAUUUUCACUGUUUGUAAACCAAGAGGCAGUAUUUAGCUAUGAUACUCAAGCCCUUUU